AUGUCUGAAUCUAACAAGAACUCAUUGGACUUGUCUUCUUUGAAGGAUAGAGUUUCUUCAAAAUUGAAACAAUCUGAAAAUAAUAAGAAUGUUAAGAGUAAAACCAAGAACAACGAAAAGGUGAAAAAAGACAAUAAGGAUAAGAGUAAUGUAGAGAGUAAGGACAAGACCAAGAAAAAGAAUAAUAAAGAUAUAGCCAAGAGCAAAGAAAGUGCCAAGAGUAAAAAAAUUGAUGAAGCUUUGAAAAAAGAAGCAUUAGCUUUAGGUGCUACUGAAGAAGAUUUGGAUCUUAUUGGAGACUUGGAUGAGAACGCUGAUGAGAUGAGUGAGCAAGAAUUCAAUGAUAAUGAGAGCCAAGAAGAUGCCAAAUUUGACACUGAUUUGAAAAGUUUCAUGAAUAAUCUAGGUUUUGACAAACAUGCUGUCGAUAAUGCUGAAGAGGAAGAAGAAGAAGAAGACGAUGGAAAACUUAGUUCAAACUCCAGUAAAGACGAAGAUGAAAGAGAAGAUGAAAAUGAAGGGGAAAAUGAAGGGGAAAAUGAAGGGGAAAGCGAAGAUGAAAGCGAUCAAGAUUCAGAAAAAGAAGUAAGUAAAAAAAAAAAUAGAUCCAGACGCAGGUUUGUCGAUAAAUCAUCAGUAGUAGAUUCAACUAAACUGAUUGUUCCAUAUGAUACUCUAUGGUAUGAAAUUCCAUUAUACAAUCAACUUGAUAACUCUGAAGAAAAAGAGCCAUUAACUAACGAACAAAUCGAAACUCUAUUUGAACGUGGUAAACAAACUUUAGAGUUAGAUAAUCAAACUUAUUAUGAUGAAUUUACCAAAGAUUCUUCUCAACGUAAAUUUAUGUCACAAAUGUUAUCUGAUGGUACUUUGAAUGAUAAAAUCUCCGCCUUGACUUUGCUAAUACAAGAAUCUCCUAUUCACAAUAUGAAAUCAUUGGAUACUUUAUUAAAUUAUUGUAGCAAGAAAUCUAGAAAUUCCAUUCUAUUAAGUUUGAAUGCAUUAAAGGACUUAUUAUUGAAUUCUUUGUUACCUUCUGAUCGUAAAUUAAGAUAUUUCAAAAACCAACCUGGCCUUUCUAUGAUGAAUAAUAAGAGAACAUUGGCUAUAUUUUAUUUCGAAGAUUAUUUGAAAAAAUUAUUUUUCAAAAUGUUACAAAUAUUGGAAAGAUUAUGUCAUGAUCCAAUUAUUCAUGUUAGAUCACAAGUAUUGAAUCAUAUCUUCGAAUUUAUUACCAGUAAACCGGAACAAGAAUUCAAUCUAUUAAAAUUAGGGGUUAAUAAGAUUGGUGAUAUUGAUUCUAAAGUAUCUUCGAAGGCAUCAUAUUUAUUAUUACGAUUACAACAAGCUCAUCCUAAUAUGAAGAGUAUUAUUAUUGAUUCUAUUGUUGAUCUAUUAUUGAAACCAAAUGCUGGAUAUCAUACUACUUAUUAUUCCAUUAUUACAUUAAACCAAACUAUUUUAAAGAGAGCUGAGGAUUCAAUUGCUAAUAAAUUAAUCAAAACAUAUUUCACAUUAUUUGAAAAAUUUUUACUUCAAACUGAUAAAGAUGAAAUUGAAGAUGGUAAACAAAAAGAAAAUACAGAAAAAAAAUAUGAACAACAUAGAAAGAAGAAUUUCAAAAAGGGUAAAAAUGGGGGUAGAUCAGUAAAGAAUGAAAAAACUGAAAAUGAAAUCAUUAAUGAAAAAAAUAGCAAGAUAUUUAGUGGUUUAUUAACAGGUGUCAACCGUGCUUUCCCAUUUGCACAAUUGCCAUCUGUUGUAUAUGAAGCACAUAUGGAUACUUUAUACAAGAUCACUCAUUCUACCAAUUUCAAUACAUCUAUUCAAGCAUUAGUUUUAAUUAAUCAAGUUACUGUUAAGGCCAAAUUGGAUAAUAAUAGAUAUUACCGUACAUUAUAUGAAAGUUUAUUAGAUCCUCGAGUAUAUGUAUCAUCUAAGCAAGGGAUAUAUUUGAAUCUUUUAUAUAAAUCAUUGAAACAAGACGACAAUGUGGAAAGAGUGGAGGCCUUUGUUAAACGUAUUCUACAAGUAUCUAUCCAUUGGUUAAACAUCGGCAGUAUUGCUGGGUUUAUAUUUUUAUUGAUUCAAUUAAGUAAGAACGUUCCUCAAAUCAAAAAUCUUUUGAAAAAUUCACCAGUCGAUCACGAAUAUGCUAGUGAUAAUGAGGAUAAUGAUGACACUGAGAAUAAGAAAGAGAAUGCCGAUGUACGGGUGUAUGAUAGCCGUAAAAGAGACCCAAAUUUUGCCAAUGCUGAUAAAUCUUCAUUAUGGGAAAUCGAAUUAUUUUUAAAUCAUUAUCAUCCGACAAUCCAAACUUAUGCAAAGGCCUUUGUAGAAGGUAACACUAAGGAUGUGACGAAACCUGACUUGGGUUUAUUCACAAUUACUCAUUUCUUGGAUAGAUUUGUCUAUAGGAAUGGUAAACAAAAGGCUAAUUUAAAAGGUUCAUCUAUUAUGCAACCAUUAUCCAGUGGUGCAAUGAUCAACGAAAGUUUAUUGGUGAAAUCUACUGGUAUGAAAAAUGAAGAAAUACCAGUGAAUACUGAAGAUUGGUUGAAUAAGAAAAUUAGUCAAAUUAAACCAGAAGAUAAAUUUUUCUAUCAAUAUUUCAAUAAGAAGCAAGCCGCUAUCAAGAAAGUUAAUAAGAAUGAAGUCCACGAUGGAUUUGAUAGUGAAGAAGAAGACAUGGAUGAGAAUGAAGUCUGGGACGCGUUGGUCAAAUCUAGACCUGAAGUGGAAGACGAUUCAGAUUCAGGACUUGACUUAGAUGAUGAAGAUUUCGGAUCGAUGGGUGAGGAUAGUGAUGAUGACAACGAGCUGUUAGUGGAAAGCGAUGACGAUGAGAUCAUCAACGACAUGGCCGAUGAAGUUGACGACAUUGCGGAUAUUGACGACGUCAUUGAAGACAGCAAAUCAAGAAAACGUGGUGCUGAUGAAAUGAACUCCGAAAGUGAAAGCGAGACUGAAAACGACAAGAGUAAAGGCAAGGACAAGAAGAGUAGGAAGAAGGCAAUCAAAGAAUUGCCUCUAUUUGCAUCUGCUGACGAUUAUUCGCAAUACCUGGGGUCCGACUCCGAUAGCCACUAG